AUGCACUUUUCCCGGGUGCUUGGCGCUGACGUGGAUGACGACGCCGUUUUGUAUUCAGCAUCUGGCACGGAUACGCCCAAAGAAGCAAAAUGGCACGAGCGCACCGACAACAACAGGAGCAGGAGCAACGGCGACAACGGCGACAACGGCGGACAACACGCCGCUACGAAUACCGCACCCGUUACACCCGCGUCACGCGCCAACGGCGAGAGUGUGGCAGGCUCAUACUUUUCUUCUUUGCACACCGCUUCACGGCAAAAUGGGACGGCGGACCAUCUCCCUAACGGUCGUGAUAAAAGCAGCAUCAAAGACAAAGACAACAGCAAUGCAAACGGUGGCAAUACUAUUUUGACGCCUUCAGAAAGCCCGCCCGAAUUACGGGCCUUGCACCAUUCGAAGAAGCGACCUCGAUCCGAUUCUGAGAAUGGAGCCCAACGGGCGCAAACAAAUGAGGCGCCGACACCGAGGGUGCCUGCAGAAGGGGACAAAGGCGUGGGAACGAAUGCCACGGAAAGGCCGAAUGAAGUGAAUGGCGAAACGUUUCCGCCGACCACACAAGCCAGCAACAACCAAGACGCUCAAGCGAGCGCCUCUGCCUCAAAUAUAGUCGGCAACUCUGAACCACAAACAAAUGCACCUGCGGCACAGGCACCUACAAUACACAUUUCAAAGUCUGGCCCGGAUCGCGAUGCAGAUGACGCCGCUGCAGAACUCUCCACGUCGAAACGGUUGGGACUACGGCUAUCCUUGCAGCGCCGGAUCCAGGAACGAGACAAAGCGCGGUCCAGUGACGCAGCCAACGGGACACCGCAAGCAGCCAAAGCGGCAAUGACGUUCUCCCUAGACACAUACAUCUACAGCCAGGGCGAGGACGUGGCGCCGCUGCCGCCGCCGCCUGAAGUCGCGAAGUCCAGAGAACGACUUGAGGCCGCAUCGGCCGCCGCAGCCGCACCACUACCCACGCACUACUCGUCCGUUUCGUCGUCUACGUCCUCGUCUGCCAGAAAGGCCCCCGAUUUUGUCUACGCCCACAUUGACCCACGGGUGCACUGGACCCGAGCGCGACCCAAGGCCUGGCACGUCGCCAAACAAAAAGAAAUUGCGGCACGGGGCGGGCGCAAGGCCAACUUUGGAAAGGCUGUCCAGCGUUCUGCUGCCGCCCGCCGCCGCGCUGUAGCCGCAGCCGUCGCGACAGCGGCAUCAACAGUAUCAUCGGAGACGACAGGGUCGCCAACGGACGAGCCGCCAACGAGUGCCCCAGAUGGGGAUAUGAAUAUGAAUGUGAAUAUGAAUACGAAUACGGGGCCAGAUUCUGCCGCCAACAGCACUACCCGCGGAUCAACACAAAAGGCGUCUACCACACAAGUCCCAACAGGUGCAGCACCACCUCCCCAGGUCCCCUCGGUCUGGACGGGCGAGCUACCCACCGAAGUGACGAGCAACAAGCCAUGGAUGGCACUAUUGGGCAAGUUGGCGCAGGACGAAGAGGCCGGGCCGGUGAAGCCAAAACCGAGCGGUCGGAGCAAGGGGCGGCAAUGA